UAUAUUAAUUUAUACUUUCAAUUUAUUUAUUGCAUUUUAUUAACGUGCAUCAGAUCAUUAACAUUUACAUUUGAUUCCUUCUCUAUAUUUGAUGCAUCAGCAUUCUAAUUGCAUGAAUUGUUAAAUGCAUGAAUUCUUAAUUGUUGUUAAGUUUGCAAUUUUGCAUUUCUCUCUCUCUCUCUCUCUCUCUCUCUCUCUCUCUCUCUCUCUCUCUCUCUCUCUCUCUCUCUCUCUCUAUCUAUCUAUCUAUCUAUCUAUCUAUCUAUCUAUCUAUCUAUCUAUCUAUCUAUCUAUCUAUCUAUCUAUCUAUCUAUCUAUCUAUUUAUCUAUUUAUCUCUCUAUCUUUCUAUCUAUUUAUCUAUCUAUUUAUUUAUCUUUUUCUCUUAAUUCAAAUUGUUCACGCAUUACACUAGCACAAAAUGUUUUAAUUUAUUAUAUGAUAAACAAUGACAAUGAAUUAGUCAAAGCAUGGUAAGAUAUGUGUUCACACGAAACGUUACGUCGCUGCAUUAAAUAUGCUCCGACAAACCACGUGAUAUAUUCAGCUGGCGAUCUCUAUGAAGCCGUAGCCAGAAGUCAGUGCUGGUUCGACGACUUUCGCGAUCUAACGCGUACGUCUGGAAAGUGCUACGAUUGCAGGUAAUAUACGCGCCACUUCUUUCAUGCCGGGGCCUGUCUUAAUGAAUCUACAUCGCGUGACUACGCAGUCGAAUUGACAAGUGUUUUUUUCUUUACGAUUAAGUAAAUUUAAAGCGGAAAAAAGCUUGCCGCUGCAUGUGCAGCGGUUUGGUCACGAGCGCGAGUUUUGAAGUAGUUGAAUAUCUUCUCUUUCUUCACAUGCAUGGGUCCUGGUUUAUUCAAUUACUACGUUCCUGUUGUGCACUAUCGACAACCAUCGUCACACUGCGCACGUGUAUCGGCUUUCUAAGCUCGAUUAAUACUAGAAAUGACCAAGGAUAAACAGUCAUGGUUUCGUGGCGUUCGAAGCAGUAAAUUUCGCCAUGUUUACGGUGUACCUGCUAAACGAGAAAAAUGUUAUGACAAUAUCAAAAUCACGAAGAAUGCCCACGACUCACAAUUUUGCGCUGUGAAUCCCAAAUUCCUUGCCGUUGUGACGGAAGUGGCAGGCGGCGGGGCAUUCUUGGUUUUGCCGCUUGAUCGCACUGGUAGACUAGAUUUUAACGCCAGCAGAGUAACUGGACACACUGGACCGGUUCUGGACAUCAAAUGGAAUCCAUUUAAUGAUAAUAUCAUUGCUUCCUGUUCCGAUGAUUGCACUAUAAAAUUGUGGCAUAUUCCUGAUGGUGGAUUAUCACGAAAUCUCACCGAAUGGUUAGUGGAGUUGCAAGGACAUAAACGUCGUGUUGCAUACAUAGAAUGGCAUCCUGUUGCUGAAAAUGUGCUAUUCAGUGCUGGCUUUGAUCAUCUUGUUAUCGUAUGGGAUAUAAAUAAAGGAGAGGCCGUCAACAUAAUUGAUAGGCAUCCUGAUGUAAUUUACAGUAUAUCACUAAAUCGUGAUGGUAGCUUAUUGGCGACAACAUGCAAGGAUAAAAAAUUAAGGGUUUUUGAGCCAAGAUCUGGUAUCGUAGUCUCUGAAGGGGUCUGUCAUGCUGGAACAAAAGCUAGUAAAGUGGUUUUCCUUGGUAGUUCUGGUCGUCUUCUUACGACAGGCUUCAGUCGACAUUCUGACAGGCAGUAUGCUAUUUGGAGUCAGCAUGAUUUGAAUAUACCAUUAACGUGCGAAACAAUUGAUUCUUCCAGUGGAGUAGUUUUUCCAUAUUAUGAUAACGAUACGAACAUGGUAUAUUUGGCAGGAAAGGGUGAUGGUAAUAUUCGAUACUAUGAGAUAGUAAAUGAAGCACCUUGGAUGCAUUAUCUUAGUCAAUUCAUCUCUGGAAAUCCUCAACGAGGAUUAGGUGUAAUGCCAAAAAGAGGCGUUAAUACUGCUAUUUGUGAAGUAUUCAGAUUUUAUAAAUUACAUGCGACUCGAGGAAUGUGCGAGCCGAUAUCUAUGAUAGUUCCUCGAAAAAGUGAUCAAUUCCAAGAAGAUUUGUAUCCCGAUACUGUGGGUACUUGUCCAGCUUUAUCAGCUAGAGAUUGGAUAAGCGGAAUGAAUAAUCCACCAAUUUUAAUUUCUUUGAAAACCGGUGGUAGUAUUACCACGCAUAAACCUCGAGUAUAUAAGCCACCUCAACUUCCACCAACAACUGACUUGAAUAAUAAAAAGAAAUUCGCUUUUUUGUCUACCGAAACUGUACCAGAUUACAGACCCAUCGAAUUUCAUGAUAUGUCGGAGAAAAGUCAAAAGACAUCUAGUAAUCAAAGUACUAAAUUUCAGCAACUGCAACAAAAAUUCGGCAAUGUUGUAUUACAGAAAAAUAUUAUUUCUCCUCCACUGAAUGAUAAUAAGGUCUUAGAGAAUGUGGACAUUCCUAAUAACGAAGCAGAACUGAGAUUAGCAUUUGUUCGCCAAACUGAUGAAUUAAGAUUAGUACGAAGACAACUUGCAAAUAGUCAGUUACGUGUUAAAGAAUUGGAGGAGCAAAUUCGCAAACUUCAGCGUCAGUAAAUAUACAAUUAUUUCGGAAUAUAUAACGUAUGCGCCGAAUAAAAUUUUUUGUAGCGUUGUUGCUAGUUGUACAACAAACAUGGUACUUAACAAAGUGAUAACGUAUAUUAUUCAUGGCAAUCUAAACGCCUACGCUUUUAAUAAAAUUUACAUACACAUACAAAAAAAGAACAAAAAAAAAAAAAGAAGAAAAUAAAAGAUAUUUAAAGGUAUCCGAGAAAUAUGAACUGGAAAUACUGGUUUUAUAUAUAUAUUCUAAUAAUAUAUUAAUAGAGAGUUAUAUAAUUCUCUCUAAUGUAUCUUAUAAAUGAUACAUGAUGCAUUUUAUAGCAUUUCGCAUUUCUCUAUAAUAUAUUUUUUUUUUGUAAUUUUUUACAUGGUGAUCUUGUACCAUUGUUAGAAAAAAAGCAGCAAUGAAGCAACAAUAAUUUAGUCAAUUUUUUUAAGAUGCAAUACAUAGAUGUAAUUGUUCUGCUGUAGAGAAACUGAACAAAAAGAUGAACAAAUAAUUGUGAUUUACACUAAUGCCUUCAUAUAAACGAGUUUUUGUCUAUAUAAAAUCUUAAUAUUUCUCCAAGGUUUUAUCAAAUAACUUUUAAGUAUUAAGUAUUUCAUAAAUGAAGUUCUCUUUUAAUUCUAUGAAGUUUAAUAUAUUUUUUUUAUUUGCAUAUAAAAAAUAUAAAUGUAUACAUAUUAUUGAUUGUGCAAAUUGUCUUAUCUUUUUAGAAAAUAAUUUUUUAAAAUUAUAUUAUCAAAAAAAGGAGAAAGAUUAACCUAAUAUAAAGACGCAAAACUUGAACAAAGUAUUAAAUGUUCAGUACAUGAAGAAUUGUACCUGUCUUGUGCAUAUGCACGUUUAUCGUAUGCGAUUCGUUUUAUAUAUAUAUAAUUGUCAUACAUAGAAUGAUAAAUAAAUGCAAAGAUAUUUAGAAGUUGCGAAGAAAAUACAAUAAAACGAACAUCAUUCGAAAAUAGCACAAGAUGCAAGAAUUAAUAAUGAUUAAUAAUUAAAAUUAAGAUUUCUUUCUAAGAAACGAAAAAAAAAUAGUUCAAUAAAUUUUCUGUAAUAUUAUUUUAUUAAUUUCUUUAAAAUGAAUUUGUUAAUAUCUUAAUGAUAUUUAUGAUCAUAUUUAUUGUUUGAUUUAUUUUUUAUACUUUAAUUAGUGAACAUUUAUUUUUCAUUGUUGAUAGUUAGUAAUAUUUAUGAAUUCCAUUAUAAUAAUUGUCAUUAAUCGAUCAAUUAAUUUAAAAUUACUAUUAUUAUUGUUAUUAUUCUCUUUUAUCCUAUUUUUUUUGCCUCAUACAUAAGAUAAUAUAAAAAUGAUGUAUUUAAUUUAUUAAUGUUUAAGCUAUUCUGUAUUAUCAAAUAUAUCGAUCACUGCCACAUUCACUGCCAUGAAACCAGUGGCAAUAGAAUUUUUUUUAAAAACGCAUGGCAGUGACGAUAUUUAUUGUAUACUAUUAUAAAUUAAUUUUGAAUCUUAAGCUGAUAUUUUUUUCAUCCAAUUAAAAUAUAGAACUUAAUGUACAUAAUGGAAUUUUUAAAUCAGAAAAAAAGAAAAAAUAAAUGCUGAAUGAUCAAAGAUCAUUAAUUAAGGAAAAAAAAAAGAAAUAUAUUAUUGUAUAUCGAUUGUUUUUGGAAAAAAUAUUAUAAAUGUUUUAUUUAUUUUAUUCAUUUAUAUUCACAUAUUAUAUAUAUAGAUAGUAAUACCAAUAUAUGUGUGUCAAAUUAUACAUUUUUAGGACCAACAAACUGAAAAAGAAAUUGUUAGUCACAAAAUAUUCUAUUAUUGCUUAAUAGUGAUCAAAUUUAAUAAUGAUUUAUAUACACUAUUUAUACACACACACACACACACACACACGCAUAUGUAUUUUUCAUACGAUAUAUAGUUAUAAUGUCGAGAGAUAAAAAUAUAAAAAAAAACUUUGACUGAUAAAAUAUGCUUGUGAUCGGUGCACAUUAAUUAUUAUAAUAAAAAAAAGAUAGAAAAAAAAUAAUACAAAAUACAAACAUAAACAUAAAAAAAGAGAAGAACAUUGGCGAUUUUUAUCAUAUAAUGAUAAAUGUAUGAUUUAUAAGAAUUGAUUAUUCUGAUGAAAAAACUACGAUGAAAAAAUAUCAUUUUGUUAUUUUCUUUAAUAUUUAAAACACAAUUAUGCAGAUAGAAAAUUAUUAAUCAAUGUGUCAUCAAAUAUAGAUACAUAUAUUAUGUCAGAUAUCGUAAUAUUAUUAUGUUAGAUAUCGUAAUAUUAUCAAUAUUAGGCUCGAUAUUAACUUGUAUGUGUAUUUUAUUUUAUUUUAUAAUUACAGAAAGAAAAACAUAUAGGAUGAAGCUUUUGCAUGAAAAUGUGUAUUCUUUAAAAAAAUUUCCACCAUGAAAUGCGUAUUCACAAACGAUCAAUUUUGCAAUAUUGUAACUUUAUAUACCCGAUUGAGAUACUUAGUAAAUAUUAAUGAAUUCAUAUUGUUGUAUCGAAGAGUGCUAUCCUAUGUACCGUUCAUUAUAUAAAUAUAGAUAUACCAAAGAACGUGCAAGUACCUUAUUAUGAAUAUCGUCGUGAGACAAUUUGUUAAAAGCAGUUGAUCGACUAUAUUAUAUUAUAUUUAUAUGCAAAUAAAUGAAUGUAUAUGCAAGAUGAAUAAGGGAUCUCGUUCAAUGAAAAUAAAGAACAAAGCAUUCGAUUGUA